CGUCACUCGCAUGCGCAUUUAAUGUAUGUUGCUGUGUGUUGUUGUUGUUGUAGCUAACGUUUAGCUGCUAAGUUGAGUGAACACACAAUGAAGAUGUCCGGAGCAGCCCUCUGCGUUGUGCUUCAGGUUUUUAUCUCAGUGGUGUCCACACAGUCGUCGCCCCGGCAGCUGAAUACGGAAACCAUCUUGAUUAACGUGACAGCAGGUACACUGGCGGACACACAGCUGCAGGAUUCCAACAACUUGCAGAUCAAUUUCAACAUAUCGGUGGGUGAAGAGCAGGUGUUGAUCAAUGACGUCCCAGUGGAGCUGUCAGGGGUCACCAGAUUCACCUGUCAGGCUCUUCUCUUGGACAGCAACAAUGGAAGCAGUGAGUUUGAAUCUGGGGACAUGGUGUCCACUGUCACCCGGGUGAUGGUGAACCAGAACCGGCUGUACAGCAGCUCAGAGGAGGUGGUGGCUAUACAGGUGUUCAGUGAAGUGAUAGAGAUGGAGGGCAAAGAGGUCCAGCAGCCUGAGAUGUGUGAGGUGAAGAUCCUGAUGAGCCCAGAUUACCAGAAGCUUGCUCAGUUUACCAAUAUUUACCCAAUUGGUCACAGCGAGAUCUUCAGGAUUCCCAGGGAAAAUGACAUGGUCGUCACUGAUCCACCAAAUCCUCAAAAAAAUGAAGAUCAGCUGAUCUCUCAGACCACCAGCCAGUACCCCCUGAAGCACACAGAGACCACCCAGGAAGAGACUGCAGCUCCUGGAAAGCUCCCAGAGACUCCUCUGCGUAUGGACCCCGACCUGCUGUAUGACGUCAGAUAUGAUGACAAAUUCGAUGACCAAGAGUCGAGCCAGCAAGAUCACAUUCAGAUGAAGACUCCACCCAAAGAGCUAAUAUCAUCUUAUUCUGCCAUGUGUCAGUGGAUGGAGCAAGUGAGGGAGCGUCUGAGGCGCUUUUGCUCCGAGUCCCUGCCUCUCUUCUUCCUGGUGAUGUGGGUGGUGGUGAUCGGCGUUGUCGGAUCAGCGGUCAUAGUUAAAAUCCUGGACAUGUUUUUCCCAACAUGUGAACACAAGCACAUUUUUCACAUGAACCCUGUCACUCUCAUGCCAGAGGAUGAGAAGCACAUACUGUUGGAGAGCAUAGAAACAGAAGCAGAGGGAGAAGAGAAGAAGCCUUGAAUAAGGAUUGACUUGGCCAUUCCCUUUACUUUCAAUUUGUUCUUGUUUAUUCUUUAACCUUUGCAACGUGUGUUACAUUUCAGCAUGGUUUUGUCCCUUGCUCAUAUUCAGAUUUGUAAACCAUCAGCUUUUCUCUUUAGUUACCCUCUAAACAACAUUAGCCACAGAACAGGGGGUGGUUUGAAUCUGUCAAAUUGACAAACUCACUCUGCUGGUUUAAUGCUGGUCCAGGUGAUUCCCUCAUAUUGAGUCACAUGGUCAAGUGGAACAGAAAGUGAGUGGGCUACAGUACUGGAUCAAGUUGAUACAAUGUCUUGUCAGCUUGCAAUAUGGUGAAUCUCACUGUGUUCCCAGCGGCUUUGCAUUCAGCCGAUUAUUUGCACAGAAAACUCUUUGCUGGUAUGAUUUGUCAGACAGAGUUUGUAAAAAGAUUAUAUUAAAACACAAUUUCAAUCUUUACAUUUAAUUAUCUCAGUCCCAAGUUACCUUUUAUUAGCAAUGACCAAACUACUAAUGCUUUUCCAACUUCCAAAUUAUUCCAGAACAAAUUGGCUUAUUCUACCAAAUUUUUAGUCAUUGUUCUAAAUUAGAAUGUCCAUUUAAUACCUGUUCUUUAUGAAGAUCAUGUGACGCGAUCCACAGCUUUGAGCUUUGAGCUCAGCUUUUAAAGAAAUAAUUAGACAUUUUGCAAAAUAUGCAAAAUUUCUAUUAUUCAGUUUGAGUUAGCUUAAACUCAGCUAGCCUAGUGCAUGUUAUCUAUUCUAUACGAAGAUGGAAGUAUACAACCAUUUUUUGUGGGUGGCUAUGCACUAAAUAAUUAUUAGGCUGGGAAUAGUGACUUUCUAGAGGUUUGUCUUCCCAUGAGGCUGCCAAGACCGUCACGUUUCCAGAAAGUAUUUUACAACAAAUUUCAUUUCGUUUAAUGUGCACACAAUCCACUGGUGGUCAGAGUUUAUUAUAGCUUUUAAUCAAAUUUCCCCACAUGGCGUAAUACAACUGCACUAAUGCUAUGUGUUUUGGGUAGAUAGUCAGAGAUGUUGCUUCACUCAUUUCUGGUGCCUCCGCAGCCUCACUUGUAUUGUUGCAUAAGGGACUUACCGAUAUGUCGUAAAUGUAGAGCAGGGAUGAGGAACCUCUAACCUCUGGGCUUAUACAGUUUGAUCGUGCCUGUGUGGCAAUUCAAAAAAUACUAAAAAGUAAGCGAGAAAUACAAAAUAUACUCAUGAUAGCGAUGAAUUUGUCUGUGUUAAAGGAAAAUAUCAUUAAAUAGUACUUACUUCAGGAUGGUUUCUCCUGGCUGUAUGUCUGUUAAGUCACAGUAACAACACACACAGAGCUGUUAGGGUUAGUUUCAUCACUGACAAGCGUCAUGGCAGAUAUCAAGAUAAUAAAAAGUAGAUGUGGAAUUUUUCAUUUCUGACAAAUUAUAAUGUUCUCAUUUUAAGAGAGUGCCCUCUGCUGGACCAUAGGCCAAACUAUUGUUUGUUGACAUAAUGUUUUUUGCUCAAACACUUUGCAGGUGGAGUAUUACAUUUUUUUUUUCAAGCAGUGAUCCAAGUCAGCAUUGAUUCUAGGAAUUCCGCAGUUACUUUGUUUAAAUGUAAACUAAAACAACAGAUCACAUCCUCAAAGUUUGAAUAUUAACUGUUGUGUGACAAUUAAGGAAUCUUGAUUCACUGAUACAGAUCGAAAGCUUCAUAGUUCCACUGUUUAGUCAAGGUUUUCUUUACAAGUAUCUUCUUUCUUACUGAACAGCUAGAGAACACAGGUCAGAACAGACACUGUUUUAGGAGAGUUGAUGUAAGUAGUGUAGGUUCAACAAAUGACCUUUAACAAACUGAGCAUUUUAGAGGCUGCAUCCAGUGAUUUAGAGUUUUUAUGUUCACUGAAAAGAGUUUCUAUAUGUAGCUGCUCUGUGCAUGUUUAUCUCACAUGUGUUUAAUCUUAAAUAGUACCCAAUUGCUGGGAAAAAAACAUCUGUAGAUCAGCAAAUGCACUACCGGGAGUUUAUUUGAAAUAUAUUUAUUUUAUAUCCUGUCAUCCUUUAAUUGAAAACAAGAUGAAUACUUAAAACAAUAAUGUUUGAGUAUGUUGUUUCUGAUGAAGUAAGAUAAUACCUCAUCACACUGUAAUUUGUGAUUGUGUCCCUCUCACACCACUUUCAUACUGGAUCUGAUUGUCACUUCUGAGAAGAACACAUCCUUUUGAUGUCUAUUACCCAAUCAUGAGGUUCACAGUGCCUCAGUGCCUGUUUGAGGGAUUCUAUUUGAUUUUACUUUGGUUGACUCAUGUUACUAACCAAGGAGAAUGUAAGUGAAUUUGUUGUUAUAGUCUAUGCACUCUAAAUGUAUUAUUGACUGAUGUAAAAUAUGGAUGUGUUUGCACAAGAAAAGAAAUCAAAGUGGAAAAUAUAACAGUGAUUGAGCAAAAGCAUAAAUGAAAUUCUUUGAGGUAAAUUAUUUUGAUGUUUGUGGCUCCUACUACGAGUUUGGUUUGAUUUAUGUUUAUUGGGUGAGUCGUUUAGGAGGUAUUACAUCUUUUGAUUUAUAGCAGCCACAUUUUUAGUUGUUCAGUGGCGUUGUCUCUUAAAUUGUGUUUUUCUGGAAGCACUGACACGUCAUUCCAAGUUAUUGAGCCAUUUGUCUUGUUUGUGGUGCCUCCCAGCUCAUGGCAUUUGAGCUGCAGCAUAAGGCAUUGGAUAAGAACAAGAAUGGCACUCAGCAGAGUGUAUACUUCUGCUAAGGAUGGAAAAUCCUACACAUGAUUGACUAGUAGCCAAAGAAGAAGGAAGUGCUCUCAUAACCUUGACAAUGUAUUUGUGAGAAAACAUAGUUAAAGUGAAAACAUCCUGGAUCUGCCCCUUACUCUGCAUGUGCACCAAAAUGUAAUGGUUCUUCACAGGCCCAGCCACCAUCCCUCCACCUUUUUUGGUUGUAAUCGAUUUAGAAUUUUCGGGUAAAUAAAACCAGCACCCGACACAGGGGGAAACAACUCCUUGAUAGUGGUAACAAACUGGCAAAAACUGAAUGAAGGCUCGACACCUUUGUUGUCAGAAUCCUGAUUAUUGCAAAGAGGGUUGGUUACUUAGUUUUGAAUUUGGGAAUGAAAGCUUGAGUACAAACUGCAUUAAUUUUCCUUUAGUUUGUUUUUGUGGUAAAACUCAUCGAUGAAAAGUCAGAUUGACUGAGAUGAUAAAGCUCCUAUUAGAGCCUAGACUGGGGUCCAGGCAGGUGAAUCUGAGUUUCAUUACUUCAAAACUCACCAAAAGUCCACUGGGUUUUAGUUUUUCCAGAACCUUUGUCAUGCUUGAAGAAAGCAGCACUCAUAAAACAUCAGCUUGUGUAUCAGCCACAGGACACAUCUCUGCCCAGGGUUCUGUUCAGCCGCAGGAUGCAUGAUGUGCUGCAUUAAGGUGCAUGUGUAGCUAGUGAAUGCAGUUUGCUGUUCUGUCAAUGCGCUAUACAUUAAAACUAGGAAACUGCAUGAUGACUCACAAACCCAACCUGUUUCUUUCAAGUGUAUGCCUGGAAUUCCAAAAUGACACACUCCAAACAAUUAGGUGCUGUAGAUGACAGCUACAUCUACAGUAAGGCGAACAAUGAGUCAGGCAUGGAUUCAGAUGUGUUGAAGAAUAAAACUAAUGUGUUUUGAUUUGA